AUGCCACCAACAAUCUCUGCUAUUAAACGUGCCCGUCAACGGGAAUUUUCUGAUGACUUUUAUACAAGUAGUACUCAGCUCUUUUGCCGCUUCUGUAAUAAGUCCAUUGAUUUUACUAAACACUCUACACUUAAGAAUCAUCAACAAUUUGCAAAACAUAUACAUCAAAAAGAAACACAACUUAACCGAUUAGCAUCAAGAUCAAGUUCUACAAUACCUCGUCAAACCACAUUGCCA